CUUCAGCAGCGGCUCUAUCUGGAUCCUACUACACUCACUGACAAUUAAAAGGAGGCCCCUUUUUCUUCUUAUUUCCGAGGAUUAUUGUUCACCAUGGGCGACAAGAAGAGCCCUACCAGGCCAAAAAGACAAGCCAAACAGACGGCUGACGACGGCUACUGGGACUGUAGUGUCUGCACCUUCAGGAACACCGCCGAGGCUUUCAAAUGCAGCAUCUGCGAUGUGAGGAAGGGCACAUCCACAAGGAAACCCAGGAUCAACUCCCAGCUGGUUGCCCAGCAGGUGGCUCAGCAAUACCCAAUGCCUCCCCCGCCCAAGAAGGAACGGAGGGAGAGGAGCGAGCGCUCGGACAAGGAGCGCCCAGAAGGCGAAGGUGAACGCGCCAUAGGAGAGGGACGUCCCGAAGGCGAGCGUCCGGAGAGAGUUAGGCCAGAGCCGGACACCCCGGAGAAAGAGAAGAACGAUAAGAGUGAUAAGGAACAGCCAAUCAAAGACAAACCCGACAAAGAGAAGGAAAUCAGCCCGGCCGUCACGAAGAAGCCCAGCAUCAAAAAGACCAGACCCAAAUCAGACACCCAUCAGAGCCCACCCAGCGACAAACAGAGCAUACAGUCCGGCAAAUCAACAACCAAGACCAACAAGAACUCUCACAUUUCCAGGCCCAAACUGAAGAACAUUGACCGGAGCACCGCCCAGCAGUUGGCCAUCACCGUUGGGAACGUGACGGUGAUCAUAACAGACUUUAAGGAGAAGACCCGCUCUUCGUCCACGUCCUCGUCCACCAUCACGUCCAGCGCGGGCUCCGAACAGCAGCACCAGAGCUCCGGUUCCGAGAGCAUGGACAAGGGCUCGUCGCGGGCCUCCACCCCGAAAGGGGAUCUCUCUGUGGGGCACGACGAGUCGUUCUGAGGGUUCCACCUGCGCCCUCUUUUUUUCCUGCCCCGUCCUCAACCCUGCUCAACUACCCCCCCUUGCCCCUCCCCUUUUUUCUCUCCCCCCACCACACAUUUCUGGACACUAUGGAUCCCAUAGGGGGGGGAAGAGAUUUCAACCUUUUUUUCCCACUGCUGCUGCCCUGCCUCCAUUCCAUGAACCACCCACCUGGAUGCUGAGAGGAGCUGGCUGGCUGAGAGGAAACAGCACAGCGUGCCUGUCGAGAGGGGGAGAGGAAUGCCCCCUCCCCCACCUGCUCGCAGGUCGCACGCGUUGUACAGGCAAGGAGAGCUGGGCUGUAAGGAAUAAAAUGUCCCUACUACCCCCACCACCACACACAACCCCCUCCCCCUGCGGUAGCAUCCAGACACUUGUAUGUAUUGUUUUAUAUUUGUACGUGGAUGUGAGGCCAAGUCGACUUUUAUUUUUGUUUGUUUGUUUUUUUGUUUUUGUAAAGAAGAAUUCUCCGCUGGGCACAAUAACCACCAUCAUUUUAAUAACUUUAAACUAUUAUUACCCUUAUUUAUUACCUGUUGCACCUGUAUACUUUGAUAUUUCUCCUUUUUAUGUUGAAGCUUUGCUGUGUAGCUCUGCCGAUCGAUCGUUCCUUCAGUGUUUUUAUUACAAUUUGAAAUGAUACAACAAGACUCGAGUCACAGACAGAUACACAAUAACACACACAUUUACACACACACACACACACACACACACACUGGUGCUAGAUACACUGUGAAGCGGUUUUGCAAAUCUGGGAUUGCCCAUUCACUCAAUGUGACAAAGUGCUGAUGAAUCAAAUUCUCAUUCACUUUUCUCAACAACACUGUCUCACUCUGAACACUGUCGGGACCUCCAUCAGGUCCGUCUAACUCGCUCUGUACAGGUCAACGUGCAUCCGAAGAAGGUCACCACCGAACUUCAGACACCUGACUUUUACAACUAGACUGUCUCUGAUUUAGUAUGCUAUAGCAGAUCUCUUCUACAGUAUCUUAUGUCCUUAACUGUACAGUGUAGGCUGUUGUGUAAAACACUAAAAAGCUGUUGAUAUUUUCUGCAUUCCGUACUUAAAUAUUGAGUUUGUCUGGCUUGAAAGGUAGAGCUGCCCUCUCAGCUCUUGAGCCAGAGUUUUUCUUUUUAAUUUCAGUUGUGACUGAAGGAUGGUUACAUGCAGUUCAGCUUGGUGAAACCAUAAGGAACUGUAAAAAAUUCGACCUGUUGUGUCAAGCUGUUGUGAAUCGAUUCCUUUUAUUUUCUUAAGUCGUGGGUCCUAAAGGCGACUUUGAAUCUUCCCCGAAACAAGUGCAAAGACAUGAAUAACUUACAAAGAUUGACAAUUGAAUUGACUUGUUUUAUUUUUUUUAAUUUUAUUUUUUUUAAAUAUUAAUUUAAGACUCCUAUCAUUGAAGGUUAAAAAAAUAUUGCAGUAGUUAAUGGAACAACACAAUUGCUCUUUCAAUUUUUUUUAGAACAGCAAGGCUUAUUUAAAGGUUUUAAUUCACUUUCACCUUAGCUGAUACUAGAACAUCAUUUCCUUUUAACUGUAUGAAAUUGUAUAAAGAAUAAAUGUGUAUAUGAUAUCUUAGUUUUAUUUAUUGAAGGACCAAAGGAAUUUCAUAAUGACAUGAUACAUAGACAGAUGAAUAACAAUUUGAAAUGCAAUUAUCUAAUGUGUGAGAUGAAUAACAGUUUAAAUAAAGACUAAUAUAAUCCAUGUAAACGGUGUUCUUAUUGUCCACUUGUCUCUGUGCACGGCUAAAUCGGGGCAGAGAAUGUCACGCUGUGAGCUCGUGAGUUUUGAAGAACACCCACCCCAGCUCCACAUUCAGUGGUGGAUCUUGGAUGAGAGAAAGAGAGAGAGAGAGAGAAAGAGACAGAAUGGGGUGUGGGAAGGCAGCUGAGACGGGUCAAAACCUUUUGGCCUCCCCUCCUAUUCACUCUGUAGCUCCCCCCAACUCACCAAUUGAGCCGCUCCCAGAGCAACUAAAAACCAGGUUAGGUGAGGUUAAUAUGUCCCCCUGAACACUCGACAUAUCCUAGCAGGAUUUAAAGGAGGUGAGGUAGGGGAGGGGGGGCAUGAAAAGCUUUGCAGUUUCACACGUGGGGAUGAUAAUCAUAUGUGUGUCGUAAGCAAUGUUUCAAGUCCAGAAGAUAAUGUGUUCCUAACUUCUUUUUCUUUUCCCUGCUCUUACGCUAUGGUUAAUAUGUAAUUAUGUACUUUUAUUGCAUACAAAUAUGGGAUCAGUGUUCAAAGUGAGGAAAAGCAAUGUGAAUAAAGCUCAAGCUGGGACUGUUUAGGUUAAAAGGGGGGAGGGAGGGGUGGGAGAUGUUUUUGUCCAAUUUUUACUGAGAAAAACACCCCGCUUUGUAAUGCAAUCUAUUAGAAACGGGCCCUAAAAAGCCAUCUUUUCACCUGCCUUAUCUGCAACCACGUUCACUUGACUGAGUACUCCAACAGAAAGGAUUCAUUGUUAAAUUAUUGACAAAUGGCCAUUUGCUGAGUAUAUGAAUUAUUGCUUGUAUAUAGAAUUUUAAAAAGGUGCAAAAGCAAAAAACACUAUGAAAAAUGGCAUUGGAGCUGAAAGUCUUUUGUUUUUCCUGUUUCCUUUCCGCGCAAGCAGUUCUGUUCUUGUGUGCGACCAGUAACCUUAAUUUACUGUGUAAAGAUGGUUACAUUUUUUAGCUUUGUUUGUCAGAGACCCAAAUAUAGAAUGCUUGUUUACUGACUGUAUAACCUUAACCGUGAAUUUCCAAUUAAGUGUAUUAUACAAACUCAUUUCUUCCUAUAACAAUGUCUUGUACAAUGCUUUUAAAAGUUAUUGCUCGGUUUAAACAAAAAAAAAAGAAAAAAAAGUGUAAAAAAAAAUUGUAGGGACAGUACAAUAAUCCAUUCUUUGUUUAAUCCAGUUUUCUUUUUUGUGUUUUUUUGUUUUUGUUUUUGUUUUUUUUCCUUCUUUUGUUAACUUAUAGCUGAUGUGUCAUUGUUUCCUCUUGUGAAAUGGUCACAUUAUGUUCCCUGGUGUGGAAAUGUAUGCAGCAUUUUCAAGCGGAUCACAGCUCCUUGUCUAGCUUAUAAUGUUAAAAAUGAAAAUACAUGUUUCUGGCUAUGUGCACGACUUUGCGCUUAUAGGCUAACCUGAUCAUUUUUCC